GCCAUUUAUUUAUUAGACGGAUCUAACCCAUUAAUAAUUGUGGCGGGUCAUGGGUCAUGGCUUUUAAUAGGGAUCCAAGGCGUCCAACACUCCAACCCAUUGAAUUGCUCUGUUGAAGCGCAUUCAACGUUCUCCAUUGAAGCGCAGUUGCCGUUCUCCGUUGAAUCUAGUUCUUGUAUCUCCCAUUGAAGCAGCUUCUGAGGUGGGAUUUCAUUGAAGAUGGGAAUAAGUUGUAUAAAGACAUGGACCGACUCGUUGCAUACGAAAAGGGAUUGAAGACAUGGACUAGAUGGGUAGACUUACAUUUGAGCUCUUCAGAUAUCAGGGUGUUUUUUCAAGGAGUCUCCCCUGAUCAUAUGAAUGCCCUUAACUGGACAGCUCCAAAUGCAAGAACAUGUAUAGGAGUAAAGCGACCGUUACUCGGAGCAACAAACAAUGGAGUAGUUGAAGAACACCCAGCAGACAGGAUAGUAGAAAAGGUGAUUAAGAAAAUGGAAAAGCCAGUAGAAUUGUUAAGAGUAACACCACUUUCUCAAUUAAGAAGAGAUGGACAUCCUGGAGUUUACGGAAUUCGUAGACAUAGACUUCCUGAUUGUAGUCAUUGGUGUCUUCCUGGUGUGCCUGAUACUUGGAAUCAUCUCCUUUAUGCUUCCCUUUAUUUUUUCCACUUCUUGAUUUACGUUGUUGCUGCCGGGAUCAAACCGGCUUUAUUAUUCAUU